AUGAGCGGGACUGGCUCCUGGGGCUAUGGGACCUUGUUGCAGACGUUCAUAUGGGGUUAUUUGAUAGGCGGAUUGACACUCUUACCAGCUGUUGCUGUCUUUGCCUGGUACUGGACAACAACUCCAACUGAUGCAAAGCUUCUCGAGGAACCUCCAAACAACCUUGCAGACCAGGAACGACACAGGAAGUCUGACGAACCUGUCAAAGAAGGCAAAGACGCAUACAUCAAGAGCCUUGGAGUAGGCUUGGAUGAACACAUACUGGAAAGCCUGAACGGCCGGAACCAUGAAGCAGAUGUGUUUGCAGGUUACUUCGCCGUCUGCCGCGAGUAUGUGCCGGGUGGUGUCAACGGCAAGCCUCCAGAGCGCACGACUCCUGCUGGUGCUGUAGUGGCUAUGGAGAGUCCCAGCAUAUACCAGUCAAUGUACAGCAACAUCUUCAACAGGAACAAGACAAUGAGUCCGUCGCUGGACGCGCCUAACACAAAGACGAAGAAAGCACGAAACGUCUUCUACGUUGUCUUACGACUAGGACAUCUCAUGCUGUACGACAACGAAGACCAACUCGAUGUACGCCAUGUCAUCUCGCUCGCACGCUACGAAGUGGACAUACAUGCUGGAGGCGAACGCAUACCGGAGGGGGAGCUGUGGAUUAAGCGGAACUGCAUCCGACUGAAUCAGAAGCUUGAAAGCGAUCCAGGUGCUGAAGCCAAGACUUUCUAUCUGUUCUCUGACAACUGCUCUGAGAAAGAGGACUUUUACCACGCUAUGCUACAAGCUCAGGAACACCAUCAAGAUCACGCAGCUCGUCAUCCGUCACCGAUACCUCUCAAGUUCGAAACACCAGAUCUCGUAAAGCUUGUCCAGCAACUGCACGCGAACGAGGAAAACCUGCAUACACGAUGGAUCAAUGCGCUCAUCGGCCGAGUCUUCCUUGCUCUUUAUAAAACACCUAAGAUCAAGAACUUCAUAGCGACAAAGAUCACCAAGAAAAUCGCCCGUGUACCAAAGCCUGCUCUGAUCAGCAGUGUCGAGCUACGCAAGAUCGAUAUGGGUACCUUACCGCCCUUCGUCACAAACCCAAAGCUUAAAGAGCUCACAGUCGACGGUGAUCUCGUUGUAGAAGCCGAUGUUAGCUACAAAGGCAAUUUCCGUAUUGAAAUCCAAGCCACUGCUAGGAUAGAUCUAGGUCAGCGUUUCAAGGCUCGUGAAGUUACACUUGUCCUUGGCUGCUUCCUGAAGCGACUAGAUGGGCAUCUACUGCUUCGUAUUAAACCUCCUCCUAGCAACCGCCUGUGGAUGACAUUCGAAACACCGCCACGCAUAGAGCUGUCAGUCGAACCCAUUGUCAGUUCACGACAGAUCACGUAUGGUCCUAUUCUAAGAGCCAUCGAGAGCCGGAUCAAGGAGGUCUUGAAUGAGACACUGGUCUCUCCGAACUGGGACGACAUGCCGUUCAUGGAUACGAUUGCGCAGACUAUCAGGGGAGGGAUAUGGGAGGGCGAAUCGAAGGGCAAGGAGGAGCUCGAUGUGAAAGUCGAGAACACUUCUGGUCUUGACUCUGUGUCUGCUGAAACCGACAAGCUCGAUACCGAAUCGAUACACUCCCACUUGUCUGUCCCUUUGAGCAUUGGCUCUGAAGAAAUCGGUCUGGGUGUCACUUCUGCAACAGACUGGAAGUCAACGCCUUUGAAAGCUCGCUCAUUGAGAUCGGCUCCGUCGGUGAAACUGGGUUCAAACAACGCAUCAACGGAUACCCUUGAGCCCAACUCAAAGUCAACCCCACACAUCACCCCUCUCGGCUCACCAUUGCGAUCCAACACCUCAGAUUUUGCAUCUGUAUCUCCAGAUAAAUCCACAGAAGACGUUUCGGCUCCAACGCUCUGGUCCGAGUCCUCGCACUCAACGCCUAACCUACCGACUGAGCCCAUACAUGCCCGAUCACGGUCAAAAGAAGACUUGACUCCACAGCAAAUCGCUGCGGCUGCCGCCGCUGCUGCUGGGGCUCAUACAAGUACAGCAAAGAAGCAGACUCUAAAUCAGUCCUUCAAUGCUGCUGCUGGGGCGGCUCGGAACUGGCUCGCGGCCAAACAGACCCCAGGUCACCCAAGACACAAGAACAGCAGUGUAGAUAACACACACUUGCCAGCCGGUGUACACAUCCGCAAUGGACAAUUUUAUGAUGGCGAAGCACCAGUCGAAGCACACUCACCACAGCCUGUCACGAAGUCUCACACUGAGCCAAUGGGCCGUGGCCAGCCCCUACCUCCACCAGGCACACCACUCCCGCCCCCACCGGGCAAGCAGAAGACAUGGGGGGUCCCUAUACAAGCAGCAUCAGCUUUAGCGAACCUGGCGAAACGAAAGCCUCUAAGUGGCACAGCCCCUACUGGCACAGGAACGCCCGAGAAGAAAGACCAAGAGCGGCCAGGCUCAUCCAAGUCCUCGUCCGGCAACAGUCUGUGUCAGCUGCAACAGCACGACAAUCACGAAUCGCACCCUGGCUCUGCUAGUACACAGCAAGAUAGGGGCGCACCGCGCCGAAAAUCGUCUACAGGGAGUACAACCUCUCAACACGCCCCACCGCUGCCGAGGCGAAGGCAAAGGCAGUCGAGCGCUAGCCAACACUCGAACUCGUCGGUCCAUCACAGUGCGUAUCACGAUGGUGCAGGCGCCGAGGUCUUUGUUGUGGAGGCACCAUUGACGGAGGUCAGUGCGCCGCCGAGUCCAGCGGUCGGCACGAGCAAACAGCUUGGGGAUAAAGAGACGUUGUCAAGGGGUGACGAGAUCACAGGAAGGGCGUCUAGAGCCUCGAGCGUACGGUCUAACAAGACAGACGUGGAAGAGGGGCGUAGCACAUUUCCAUUCGCGUAG